AUGCGAGCUCUUUUAUUCUUUACUUGGCUCUUUGGUGCCUCGGCAACAAUUCUUGAGAAUGGCCAGGCUCGGUUGAACCCGUAUCCGGGGCAAGCCGAAGUCAUUUCGCUGGACAAGAAUACAUGGAAGACCUACAAGCCUGACGCAAAGGAGAUUUCCUACAAGGGGAGAUGGGACGACAAGCAUAUUUCUUGGUGGUCAGCUCCUGGGUUUAAGCUUGCAUUCACUGGUGAAAAGCUCGCCCUGUCCUUCGGUCAAUACACCAGUCAAGGGGUCCUCGUGGCAUACAGACUGGGUGGCCAGGACUGGCAAUUCUCCAAUGUCACUGCCAAUGCCACAUAUCAAUUUAUUGGACCUACGACCACGGGGCUCAAUCUCACUAAUGCCGGCGACGCAAAGACCUUUGAGCUGAGAGUUACAAACUGGGCCUAUGGAUGCGUUUCCCCGGAUCUGCUGAGCUCCGGUGACUACGCGACAUACGAAGGACUGUCCUCAUGGGCCUAUGAUUUCGCAGCAGGACUCGGAAACGUAGAAUACUCCAUCACAGCCUAUCCCGGUAUCUGCCUCCACGACCAGAAUUGCUGGGGUAAUCCCCGCGGUCAGUCCUACCAAUGGUACUGCACCUCCGACACAUCCUGGCGCGCACACGAGAUCUACGGCGAUAAUCCACCCAGGUGGAACUUUGCGGCUCAACAUCCAGCCGAUCUGGUGGUCAUCAACAUCGGCACAAACGACAAUAACCAGGUGAACAAUGUCUCAAGCACAGACUACUACAACGACUAUGUCACUCUCGUGGGCAACAUCCACAAGAUCUGGCCAAAGGCGGAGAUUGUUCUUAUGUCCCUGUGGGGUGGUUUCGGAGCCUCCGGAGAUACAUACGUCCAGGGCCCUAUCUGGGUGAACGAGAUCAAGCGGGUUUACCAGCAUUACGAGAAGCAGGGGUUCAUUCAUUAUUUCGACACGACGGGCAUCCUGCAGCACAACGAUAUCGCGCCGCAGUGGCAUCCCACGGAUGUUGGACAUCUGAAGAUUGCCGCGCAUCUGAUGCAGUGGGUGAAGUUGAAGUUUGGGUGGGAGUUCGGGGCUACCGGGCCUGAGGUGCAUCAUGGGACCUUGUACUGGAAUGAUCAGGCGAAUUACUAG